GAAAAUUAUUCCAAAUCAAAACAACGCAGUCCUAAUUUUUCUAAAAUUCUACAGUUUUUCUAACAAAACCCCAUUCCAAUUUUCUCUAAUCUAACACCGAGUGAGUGCAGUGCUAGUGGAUUUGUGAUUGUUGCGGAAAAUUAUUAGAGUUUUGGUUGGUUUUCGGAAGAACAAUAUUACAAAUCUAUAAUCCAAGGUCAAUCUACGUUACUGCGUAAGAUGGUCAAUAAACUAGAAAAGUGUUAGAUACCAUUUUAAUGUUUUACACACCAUUAACCCUCUCGCGAACAAGUGUUAAGUCAAUAAAAAAAUCAGCGUGGAUCUGUUAAAAAACUUCUUCAACCUCCUCGUCGAUAGAAUGUCCCACAAGGCCACCAACGGCUUGAAGCUGACCACUAGCGAUUCGGCCCAAUGGAAGACGGCCUCGCUAAUGGACACGACUGUCAAAUUGGCAGGCGAAGAGGCCAAGGAUCGUCUGUACGAGCCCAAACACAAGAAAAAGCUUGUACGCGUUCUGACAGUCGUCGCGUACGUGUUCUUCGUGUCCUUGGCGGCGAUUAUGUUAAGUUUGUACUAUGUAUUCUUGUGGAAUGGCGAUCAAAAGAUGGCGGCGAAGUACGUGACUAGUGCUCCUAAAACGCAGGCGUAUUAUGCUCAUGAUUGUAAAAGCAUUUUGGCAGACAUGCAACGUCAACUGAUCGCCCUGGAAUCGGAAACCAGGGAUCCAUCGACAACGCUAUCGUCAGAAGACAACACCACGGCUUGGCAAGAGUACGUCGACAGUCCUGAAGAUUUAUCGAAAUCUAAUAUAUUUUUAAAAAAAUUGUUCGACAAAAACGAGGAAAAUUAUUAGGAAAAAUUUACCGUAAAAAUUUAACUGAAAAACUAUAAUUAUUCUUUUUAUAGUAUUCUUCGUUGCGGUAGAAGGAAGGAGAAAUUAUUAAAUUAUUUUGCUGAAAAAUACGGAAUAUAAUGCACUAUAUAAUUUAAUAAUGAUCGAAUUAUCAUUUAGUCAUUUCACAGAUAACGGAAUUUAUCAACUAUGUAUUUAAAAAAAAAUGACAUCCUGUGUUUGAUAAAAUGAUUUGGUAUUCGAGGAGAGAAAAGAUAAAUGCAUAGAAACUAAUGUUUACUUUAAAAGAUACCUACCAAAAUUAAUUUUUGGCUAUUAUUUUCAAUAAUAGAAAAUUGUAGUCAAAAAACUUUUGUCAACUUAGUGAAAAAUAGUGUUUAGUACCAUACAAAAACAUUAUGUUUGAUUAUAAUUUUGCUAGUCAAUACUCUGUCUAUAACUGUAGUUAUUGAACAUUGUAACCACCACAUUUAUAGCACAUUAUCAAUUUUUAAAAAUCGCCAUAAACUUUAAAGACGAAUAAAAAAGGAGUAUUCAAACGUAAAGAUAUUGUUUUAACUUUUUUUAAUAGCACUUCUCCACCAAGAUGAUUCCGACUUGAUUACAGGCCAUAUCAAAAUCUUUUAUUAAUAUAUAAAUAAUGAUUUGACUUAUUUUAAUGAAAUUUAAAAAUUCUUUGUUCGAACACGAAAAUUCCGUGUUUGAAUACGAAAGUCAUGUUUGAACAAUUAAUUUCCGUUUUCAAAAUUAAAUGGAAUUUGAAAUUUCGUGUUUGGACACGAAACUUCGUGUUUUAAUACGAAUUUCCGAAUUUUAAUGCGAUAUUCCGUGUGUAGACAAGAAAUUUCUUGUGUAAACAUGAAAAUUCUUUAUACAAACACGGAAUUCCGUUUUAGACGACAAAAUAUCUUGUUCGAGCACUGAAAUUUUGUAUUCGAACACGAAAACUCCGUGUUUUAGUUUGGAAUUUCAAAUUUGAACAAAUAAUUUCCGUUUUCGAAAACGAAAUAUGAAAUUCCGUGUUUGAAUACGAAAUUCGUUGCUUGGACAAGAAAUGUCCAUGAUCAAACACGGAAUUCAGUAUUUGAACAAGAAUAUAAAAUUUCGUGUUCGAACACAAAAUUUGUUAUUUAAACAUGAAAAUUUUUCAUACUAACACGGAAUUCCAUAUUUGAACAAUGACAGAAAAUUCUAUUUUCGACGACAGAAUUUCUUAGAACACGGAAAUUCUUUAUUCGAACACAGAAUUCUUUGUUAGAACACGAAAAUUUCGUGUUUGAGUAUGGAAUUCCGAGAUGAAUAAUUUCCGUUUUCGAAAUUCUGUAUUUAGACAAGUUAAAAUAUGAAAUUUUUUGUUUGAACACGAAAAAUCCGUGUUUUAGUACAGAAUUCCAAAUAAUUUCAGUUUUCGAAAACAAAAUUCUGUAUUUGGACAAGAAAAUAUGAAAUUUCGCGACCGAACACGAAAGUCAGUGUUUGAAUGAGUAAAUAUGAAAGAAAUUGUGUUUGAACGCGGAAUUACGUGUUUUAACUUAAAAUUCCUUGUUUGAACCGAAAAUUUUCGUUUUUAAAUAGGGAAUUCCAUGUAUGAAUACGAAAUUUCGAGUUUGAAGAAGGUAUUCCCCGUUUGAUAACAGAAUUUCGUGUCUGAAUACAAAAAUUUCGUGUUUGAACAAAGAAAUUAACACGAAAUUACUUGUUGAAACACGAAAAUUGUUUAUUCGUAUUUAAACAAGGACAUGAAAUUUCGUUUUCGAAAACAGAAUUGCUUGUUCGAACAGAGAAUUCCUUGGUCGAACAAGAAAAUUACAUGUUUGAGUACGGAAUUCCGAGUUUAAACAAAUAAUUUCCGUUUUAGAAAACGAAAUAUGAAAUUCCGUGUUUGAAGACAAAAUUUUAAUACGGAAUUUUCUGUUUGAAAACUGAAUUCUGUGUUUGAAUACAAAUUCCUUGUUUGAAUUCGGAAUUCUGAGUUCAAAUGCGAAAUUCCGCGUUUGAACAAGUGAAAAUAUGAAAUUUCGUGUUUGAACGUAUAUUUGAACAGGAUCAUAUUAAAUUCCUUGUUCGAAUACGGAAAUUCCAUUUUCGAACACGGAAUUUCAUGUUUCCCUGUUCAAAUACGCAAUUCCGCAUUUGGACUCCAAAUUCAAAAAAGGAAUUUGUAUUCAAACACAGAAUUCCUUAUUUAAACAGACUUUCGCGUUCGAAAUAGGAAAUUAAUAUUUACUUUGUUAAAAUGCGGAAUUCCGUAUUUAACAAGGAAUUUGUAUUCAAACACAGAAUUCCUUAUUAAAAAAACGGUACUUAUAUGCUGCUGUUCAGACGUUUUAUUAAUUUUUAUUUUACCCGCCUGUUUUCUAUGGGAUAAACAACAUUAGCCGAAAUAUUCUAGAGAUAAUGGAACAAAACAUUUUUUGUUGUACAGGGUGUUACAUAUUUUAUGUUUAUAUGAUCGAAGAAUCUAACUAAAUAUCUCUUUUUUGUUGUUCGGAUAGUAUUGGUGUGGAAGCGCUCUAAAAUCAGUUAAAUCCAAACUAAAAGACAUCGCAAUCGAUAGAAAACAAAACCGCUAGAUUUGAACAAACAUUAUCGAUUAUUAGUUUUGUUUUGAAAAUAAGAUCAAUGUCAAACAACUUGUAACAUAUAAAUACAUUUUAUUUACAAAACGAUAUUUUACAUGAUUUUUAUUUCAAUCCUACAAAUAUGUCAACUUCAACUGUCAAAUGUCAGUUCAAUCAUUCCCCGUGACCAUCAUAUGAACGUUUCUAUCAGACUGCACCAUUUUCGCGCUUUUUUCCGUCCCCACAACGGCCGAUAACUGAUAAACGUCGUACUUGGAAUACAUAACGGUGACUGUCAUAUUUGACGCAUUGCCCACUUUCUUGUUCAUGUUGGCAUCUUGCAUCAAAUUGCAUAAUUCGUAAUAGAAAUGCGGAAAUAUCGGCAGCUGAUAGAAAACGAUAUGGCGGACGCCUUUUAUUCUUUUCCUGUUGAAAAAAUGGAAACGUUCCGUGUAUAGAAGGAAAUGGGCGUCGCCGUGAUAGAACAUGUCCCUAGCUCGAGCUACUUUACCUUCCUGAAAUUAAAACGAACGAUUGUUUGUAAUGUAUAUUCAAAUAACUGUCAUUGUCGAUAAAUUAUAAUGUCAUUAUCACUGUCAUAUGUCACCUUUCAUUUAAAAAAACAAAUUUAUUGUAUAAAUACCUUCGAAUAUUCGCAAAUCUGCACAAAACCGAUAUCUUCCUUCUUGAAAUAAUUCCUUAAUCGAACGAAAUCGAAGUAACUCGAAACGAAGAUCAACGUCUGUUUCAUCAACGGCUCCCUCUGUUGCGACAAAAUUUUAUUAACGAAAAAGUCGAAUCGCGCGUCCAUAGCAUCGGCGACAUUUUUGGCUUCGAAUCUGUGGAACACGUGCGGAAUUUGAACCACCACUUGACUUAUGCUGCCGAACUUGAUGGGAUUGACGAUUUUAACUUUGCCCGCGAAAUUUUGGCAUUUUUUGUUGAAGACGGCGUUGAUUUCGGGCAAAUUUAAUGAGGAGAAUAUCAAAGUUUGGCGGUAAUAUUUCGCCCAGCCGUUCAGGCUCCAAGUUCUCACCCUA